GCCCGCGGGCAGCCCGCUUUGCGAGGCGGAUCCGGAGCGCCGUCGGGCCGCCUAGCCCCCCGCUGGUGACCUGGUCGGCUGAGGCUGGAGUCGGGGCCGAACUCAAGUGCGCCGGCACGUGGACGCCUCGUCCUCCAGGCCCGUCGGGGUCGCCGGUGGGCCCCGGCCUCGCUAAGUGAACUGGAUAUGAUCUCCACAAGGGUAAUGGACAUUAAGCUUCGAGAAGCUGCAGAAGGCCUUGGGGAGGACAGCACAGGGAAGAAAAAGUCCAAGUUCAAAACAUUUAAGAAGUUCUUUGGGAAAAAGAAAAGGAAGGAAUCACCGUCUUCCACAGGAAAUAGCACCUGGAAACAAAGUCAGGCGAAGAGUGAGGUCAUUGCCAUUGAGUCAGGGCCAGUGGGCUAUGACUCAGAGGAUGAACUUGAGGAGUCGAGGGGUUCUCUGGGCAACCGGGCCCUGUCACACGACAGUAUUUUCAUUCCUGAAUCUGGCCAGGAUCCUACUCGACCUGUGCGGGUGUUUUCCCAAGAAAAUGUGUGUGACCGGAUUAAAGCCCUACAGUUAAAAAUACAGUGUAAUGUGAAAAUGGGGCCACCCCCUCCUCCGGGGGGUCUUCCUGCCAAGCGAGGAGAUGACACCGGCAUGAGUUCUGAGGAUGACGGUCUGCCCCGGAGCCCCCCAGAAAUGUCCCUGCCUGACAUCGGUCCCGGCACAACCAUAAAGAUCUCUUUAGUUUCCCCAUCCCGGCCACAGUCUCCGGACCAGCUCAUCUCCCGGAACGCAAGUGAUGCCAGCGUCUCACCCCGAACCUUGGACAGCAGCGUGGCGCCUGUGGCUGAUUUUGAUUACCCUCCAGAAUUCUCCUCCUGCCUGGACAACUCUGCAGCUAAGCACAAGCUCCUGGUUAAACCCCGCAACCAGAGGUCCAGCAAAAUGAGGCGGCUGUCUUCGCGAGCACAGUCUGAAUCGCUGAGUGAUCUGACGUGCACCCCAGAAGAAGAGGAAUACGAUGAGAAGUCGUUACCCAAAGUCAGCACCGAAGAGAGCCCCAAUUCUGCACAGCAGGUUGUGGGACUGGAUAGAAGCCUUGAGCCUGAGGGACCCGCCAUCAUUCUGCAAUCUGGGGGGCCGCGGGCUAGGCGGGCACGCCUGCAGCACUGCCCCGCACUCAGUGCCAGCGCUGAGGAGGGCUUCCUUGAGGAUGACCCCGCCGGCCGCCCAGCCGCCCCCAAGGUCACCGAGCCCGAGUCGGGCCCAGCUCCCUGCGCGGAGUCCCUAUCCCUGCCGGAAGGUUCCCCACACCACCACCAUAAUCCUGAGAGCGAAAACCAGAGGGAAGAGCUUUCCCUGGAAAGCACAUGUCCCCCGUCCAGGGAGACAGCUGAUGAGGUGGUUUGUGCUUCUGGAGACGUCGAGAUUCGACUUUCCCCCGCCAUCCCUGAGGGAGACGCGACACCUCCCGAGGCCGACCCUGCCACCGCCUCGGAGACAACCCCCGGCCCCGAUGGGCCAGACCGAAGUGUCCAGAAGGAGGUGGAGCCGAUGCAGGAGGCGCCCGACGGCGCUCAGGACUCGGGGGACGCGGCGGCCGGGCCGGGCCGGAAACCCCGGGACGCCGCGGGAGACCCCUGCCCGGCGGCUCGCGAUCCGUCCUCGGGGGAGGACAGAGGCCCCUUUGCCGUCAAGCUGCGCUCCACCUCUCUGUCCUUCAAGCACCGAGAGGCUUCCUCUGCCGAAGCAAGAGGGAUAAAGAGAUACAGCGCCGAGAUCCGGCUAGAAAGAGGGGGGCUGGCUUUGCUCCCCAAAGACGAGAAAUGCCAGGUCGCGAAAGCCCCUUCUCGAGGGGCACGGUCCCCGCACGAGCAGGGAAAGGGGAGGGCCCGGCCCUCGGAACCGCUGGGCGCCAAGCCGCCGCUGCCCAGGAAGCCGCUGCUGCCGAGCCGCCCCCUGCCGCCCCUGGACUCGGGCGCCGGGGAGUCGGACCCCAGGCGGGAGAGCCGGACGGCUGGGACGCGGUCGCCACACAGGACAGCUGAGAAGGGUCUGCCUCCUGCAGCCGAGGGCCAGCCUGCACCGCCCUGGAUCACCAUCGCUCGACAGAAGCGGCGAGGGACCCUCGACCAGCCCCCUAACCAGGAAGACAAGCCUGGGGUCCGCACCCUGAAGUCUGAAAUAGGAAAGCAAGCUAAGGCGCCUGAGAGAGCCCAGGAGCCCAUGAAGCAAGCUGACUUUGUCCGUAGCAAGUCCUUCCUGAUAGCUCCUACCAAGCCCACCGUGGACCGGAGGCAGGGGACCAAGCUCCGCCUCCAGGAGGGGCUGCAAAGAGGAAUCUCCUUGUCCCAUCAGAACUUGGCAGCUCAGUCUGCAGUGAUGAUGGAAAAAGAAUUGCAUCAGCUGAAGAGGGCCAGUUACGCCAGUGCAGAUCAGCCAUCCUGGAUGGAACUUGCCAGAAAGAAAUCUCAAGCUUGGAGCGACAUGCCCCAAAUUAUAAAAUAGGCUGACAGCGAGCUGCUAAAGAACGCCCACUACCUUGACAGGUCAGUUACUUAAAAACUGCCAGUGAAUCAAGGCAAACAAACUGUGAAACUGAAGAGUGAUUUUAUCAUCAAGUUAUGGGAGAGCAAGCUUGGGGAAGAUGAAGGAACUAGGCCAGCAAAGACAGACACACAGCCACAAUCCUGGGCCAGGCGUGCCCUAAAACAAGAGGACCAUUGUAAAGGGCCAGGAACAAGGUCCUGUGCCCAAAGGUAUGAAUGUGAGUCUUUGAGAAUUGCCUUGAUCAAGAGGACUCGGCAAGUGAGCAGUGAAAGCCGAAGUCAGAAGCGCCUGCAAGGUCAAAGGGGAAGGUCUUCCAGGAGGAUGUGUGUCUGUGCUUCCACCUGAGAUCAACUUGUGUCUCUGGGUGUGGUCUUGCCUGUGGAUCCUGUCUUCUUUCAAUGUUUACUAUUAGGCAUGACAUUUUUGGUAAAACAGGGAUGCCGUUUCCAAGAGCAGCUAUGAACAGUUUUCCUGAAGACAGUCGCUCUAAGAAGGAGCAGAAGGAACAUAGCCGGGUUCAUCAAUUCAUAGACUGUUUCUAAAAAUAAUUUUUAAACUUUUCCACGAGGCAUCUGUGUCCUUAACCAUUGCACAAUGCAUUGCCUGUUCAAUAAAAGGUUUCAAACAUG